AUCUCCGCAUCUCUCCACAGACACAUCUUCCUGUAGCUCUUUUACUUUUCUCAGCCAUGGGCAGGCCUUCCCUUCUCCUAGUGACCCUCUGCUUUGCUUUCAUCACCGUGGCCCACCUUGUUGUGGGUCAGACCCAACAGUCUCAGGAAUCCCAGCGUCGACUCCAGGACGCCCAACAGUGCCGCAUCCAGCGCCUGAGCGCAACCCGUCCUGCUCGACGGAUCGAGUCUGAGGGCGGCAUUACGGAGCUGUGGGACGAGAACGACGACCAGUUUCAGUGCGCUGGUGUGGCUGCCAUGAGAAACAUCAUCAGGCCCAGUUCCCUUUCGUUGCCCAACAUGUCCCCCUCCCCACGCCUCGUCUACAUUCAGCAAGGAAGAGGGGUGCUAGGGAUAACGUACCCGGGGUGCGCAGAGACCUACCACUCUAGAGGACAGCCUGGGAGCACCGGAGGUGAGAAGCAGCAACAACGUGGUGAGAGUAUUAGUGACCAACACCAAAAGAUCCACCGGAUCCGACGUGGAGAUAUCGUAGCCCUCCCAGCUGGCGUGGCGCACUGGUGCUAUAACGACGGCAACGAAGAGCUUGUGGCCCUCUCUAUUACGGAUUUCAAUAGCGAGUCCAACCAGCUCGACCAGAGGCCUAGGUCUUUUUACUUUGCGGGCGGGUCCCCACAACAACAGCAGGUCCAGCAGCAACGACGUGAAGGGCAACAUCAGCAAAGGGAGGGAGAAGAGAACAUAAUGCAAGCUUUUAAUGAAAACAUCCUGGCGGAGGCAUUCGACGUGUCGGUGGACAUCGUGAGGAAGAUGCAGAGAAAUGACGAUAGGGGCUACAUCGUCAAAGUCGAAAGAGGAGAGAUGAGCAUGGUUCGGCCUGACGAAGAGGCAGAAGAUGAAGAGCAAUAUCAGCGAGGUAGGAGAAACGGAUUUGAAGAGGUCUACUGCAAUAUGAGAGUAAACCAUUACAUGGACAACCCGAAAGAAGCCGACAUAUACAGUAGGCAGGCAGGCCGUCUCAACUCAGUCAACAUGAACAAGCUUCCCAUCCUUCGGAUGCUGGGCAUGAGCGCUGAAAAGGGCUACCUCUACCAGAACGCCAUAUUCUCGCCGCACUGGACGAUCAACGCCCACAACAUCUUCUACGUGACCCGCGGUGAGGCCUAUGUGCAAGUGGUGGGCCAUAAUGGGCAGACGGUGCUCGAUGACACAGUGAGGGAAGGCGACCUUGUGGUAGUGCCCCAAUAUUUUGCAGUCAUGAAGAAGGCGGGCAACAAUGGCUUUGAAUGGGUGUCGUUCAAGACGUCGGCCUCUCCGAUGAGGAGCCCACUGGCGGGGUCCACAUCAGCGAUCAAGGGAAUGCCGAUGGAAGUGCUGACAAAUGCAUAUCAGGUGUCAUACAAAGAGGCCCAAAAUCUGAAAUUCAAUAGGGAACACCAAGUGAUGUUCUUCCCCCCUCCUAAUCGCUCCUCUUAGACCUGAAUUUUGCUAUGCUUUCUUAGUAGUAUGUAAUAACGAGUGAAGAAAGAGAGUGGUUGCACUUGUGGUGAAAGGCAAGGUUUUGUUACCUUACAAUGCCUACAUAUGUGGUUAUAGAAUAAAAGAGCGUGUCAUGAGUUUGUAAGUCUGUUACACUAUGGUAAUAAAAAAAUGUGUGUUUCUUUUUCUUUUUA